AUGGAUCAGUAUAUAGCGGGCACUGUAGAUGUCUCCCUGCUCUCUGCCGCCAUCCUGUGGUCAAAUCAGUAUAAAGCAGGCACUGUAGAUGUCAUCCUGCUCUCUUCCGCCAUCCUGUGGUCACAUCCAUGUACAGCAGUAGAUGUCAUCCUGCUCUCUGCCGCCAUCCUGUGGUCAGAUCCAUGUACAGCGGGCACUGUAGCUGUCAUCCGACUCUCUGCCGCCAUCCUGUGGUCAGAUCAGUAUAUAGCAGGCACUGUAGAUGUCUUCCUGCUCUCUGCCGCCAUCCUGUGGUCAGAUCAGUAUAUAGCAGGCACUGUAGAUGUCUUCCUGCUCUCUGCCGCCAUCCUGUGGUCAGAUCAGUAUAUAGCAGGCACUGUAGAUGUCUUCCUGCUCUCUGCCGCCAUCCUGUGGUCACAUCCAUGUACAGCAGGCACUGUAGAUGUCAUCCUGUGGUCAGAUCAGUAUAUAGCAGGCACUGUAGACGUCAUCCUGCUCUCUGCCGCCAUCCUGUGGUCACAUCCAUGUACAGCAGGCACUGUAGAUGUCAUCCUGCUCUCUGCCGCCAUCCUGUGGUCACAUCCAUGUACAGCAGGCACUGUAGAUGUCAUCCUGCUCUCUGCCGCCAUCCUGUGGUCACAUCCAUGUACAGCAGGCACUGUAGAUGUCUUCCUGCUCUCUGCCGCCAUCCUGUGGUCAGAUCAGUAUGUAGCGGGCACUGUAGAUGUCAUCCUGCUCUCUGCCGCCAUCCUGUGGUCAAAUCAGUAUAUAGCAGGCACUGUAGAUAUUAUCCUGCUCUCUGCCGCCAUCCUGUGGUCACAUCCAUGUACAGCAGGCACUGUAGAUGUCAUCCUGCUCUCUGCCGCCACCCUGUGGUCAAAUCAGUAUAUAGCAGGCACUGUAGAUGUCUUCCUGCUCUCUGCCGCCAUCAUACGGUCAGAUCAGUAUAUAGCAGGCACUGUAGAUGUCUUCCUGCUCUCUGCCGCCAUCCUGUGGUCACAUCCAUGUACAGCAGGCACUGUAGAUGUCUUCCUGCUCUCUGCCGCCACCCUGUGGUCAAAUCAGUAUAUAGCAGGCACUGUAGAUAUUAUCCUGCUCUCUACCGCCAUCCUGUGGUCAAAUCAGUAUAUAGCAGGCACUGUAGAUAUUAUCCUGCUCUCUGCCGCCAUCCUGUGGUCACAUCCAUGUACAGCAGGCACUGUAGAUGUCAUCCUGCUCUCUGCCGCCAUCCUGUGGUCACAUCCAUGUACAGCAGGCACUGUAGAUGUCUUCCUGCUCUCUGCCGCCAUCCUGUGGUCAGAUCAGUAUGUAGCGGGCACUGUAGAUGUCAUCCUGCUCUCUGCCGCCAUCCUGUGGUCAAAUUAGUAUAUAGCAGGCACUGUAGAUAUUAUCCUGCUCUCUGCCGCCAUCCUGUGGUCAAAUCAGUAUAUAGCAGGCACUGUAGAUAUUAUCCUGCUCUCUGCCGCCAUCCUGUGGUCACAUCCAUGUACAGCAGGCACUGUAGACGUCAUCCUGCUCUCUGCCGCCACCCUGUGGUCAAAUCAGUAUAUAGCAGGCACUGUAGAUGUCAUCCUGCUCUCUGCCGCCAUCCUGUGGUCAGAUCCAUGUACAGCAGGCACUGACACGUCACCCUGCUCUCUGCCGCCAUCCUGUGGCUGAGUUUGAUACUGCAGGGACUCUUAGGAGGACUGUUCUGUGAAUCUUCUGGCAGAGCUGAUCCAUUCCUUCCUUUUAUUUCCUCUAAUUACUUCUAAUUGCCGCCCCCCUCCGUACUAAAGUAAAGACCAGGGGUCACAUAUAUGCUGAGCAGGCCCCCCCCGUGCACUGCGGAUCAGGGGGUGACUUCACACAUUGACGUUACACAACCUGCCGCUGAAAAACCACAAGUCCCAGCACGUCCGCUCUGCUAGCGCCGCGCUCCUCACCGCCCUGUGCGCCCGCACUCCCGGUCUGGCACCUCAUGGGUUAAGGAUGCAGCGUCCCCCAUCAGGCCUGAAAACUACGACUCCCAGCAGCCUCCGGCGGCCCCCC